UUUUUAUUAGGUAGGCGUCGUGUCUCUCUUAUCCUCUCUGUUCACGCCAUUCACAAGACUGUGUGUGACACUUUAAAACGACUGAUUUAGAGAGAGGGAGAGAGAGAGAGAUGUCAAGUUCUGUCUUCCUCCUCGGUAUGGCGAUUGGAGUUCCGAUGCUUUCUCGUUCGAGCUCUGUUCACCGGAGCUUAGAGCCCACGAAUAAGAAGACCAUGAAUAGUAUCAAAUUCGCGACCACUUUUCGAAAUCCUUCAACCGGUUUAGGGACAAAACGGUCAUUUCGCGUUACCGCUACCGAUGACCGGUCAGAACGAGCCGAUAACGGUCAAGGAGUUCAGGAGGACUUAAACUAUUUGUUGAAGCUGGGAGUUGGUUCAGUGGCAGGCGCAGCUAUAAUCAAAUACGGAUGUGUCUUGUUCCCUCAGAUCACAAGACCUAAUCUCACCCAAGCCCUCUUCAUUAUCAUUGCUCCUGUUGUAAUCUCUGUUAUCCUUUUGAUCCUGUCGUCUUCUUCCUCCAAGAAACAGAACUGAUUGUGAAUAAUGUGUAAAUCGAAUCUAAUUCAGCUCAUUGUGAAAAAGAUACUCUGUUAGUGGUGAGAAAGGUUCAGUAUAAUGCAGAAUAAAAGAUUCAAUC